ACGUUCAGCCGCUGCAUUCCCCCCGCCCCUUUUCGGACGUCACCAAGGGGCGGAGUUCAGCGUCCCUGUUUUCUCCUGCAGCAGUUCUCCUUGACAUGGCAGCUCCUGGCCCUGUGACUCCGCAGGACUCCCUUGACCCAUCGCAGCCCCCGGUCAUUGAGGGUUUUAGUUCUACUGUCUACGGCGACUCGGAAAGCUUCAAGGAGAAGUUCCUUCGCAAGACCUGCGAGAACCCACUGGUGCCCCUAGGCUGCCUGGGAACGGCGGCCGCCCUCACCUACGGACUCUACUGCUUCCACCGGGGCCAGAGCCAUCGCUCCCAGCUCAUGAUGCGCACCCGAAUCCUUGCCCAGGGCUUCACGGUCGCAGCCGUCUUGGUGGGUAUGGCUGUAUCUGCUAUGAAGCCUCGACACUGAGCCCCAGCCUGGCCUGGAAAGCGCCGCGGAGAUCAUUCCCAGCCCCGGGAGCGGCCACACCACGCCGGGGGUCUUAGUCUCUUAGCUUCCCUAACAGGCCCCAGUGCUGAUGGGGAAGUGGUGGGUUCCCCCAGGCCGGGCUGGUUGUGUACCUGACAGAUUUUUUUCUGGAAUCCUAGGUUCAGUUCAGUUUCGGUGUUUUAUACACGUUUGUGCCAUAUCUUCUUCACUUCCUACUUAAUAAACCCUGAUUUGCUUCUA